UCGACUCCAUCAUCUGGACCCUCGUCUCCUUCAACCUCCGCCUCGACGCCGCCGUCGUCUGCGCCGUCGCCUCGCAUAGCUUCCCUGAAGCUCUCCGACGAAGAAGUCUCAGACGCCGACAAGGCCCUGGCUGCCGAUCUCAAAGCCCAGGCCGACAAAGCCUUCACCAGCCAUGAUUUCACCACUGCUGCUCGUCUGUACACGGAGGCUAUCGACAAGAACCCUCAGGAACCGACGUUGUGGUGUAAUAGGGCCUAUACUAGGAUGAAACUCGAAGAGUUUGGGUACGCGUUGACGGAUGCCUCCCAUGCCAUCCUGCUGGAUCCCAAAUACGCAAAAGCGUACUACAGACGAGCAACAUGCUACCUGCAAAUCCUCCAGCCCCAAAAAGCCGUCCCCGAUUUCCGCAAAGUCAUCGCUCUGGAACCCAAAAAUGAAACCGUCCGUGCCCAGAUGGCGUCUACGCGGAAGCUUAUAAGGAAGAUCGAGUUUGAAAAGGCCAUCGAGGUCGAAGGGGAGAAGAACCCCAUUGAGAGAUGCUACGAAAUCAUUGCUGAGGGUGGAUGCGAUGUCGAGGCGACGUAUAGCGGUCCAAAACUCCCAUUGACGGACGGCAAGUACGGUAUCACGCACCGAUUUAUCAAAGAUAUGAUAGAGUGGUUCAAAAACGGCAAAACCCUACCGAAACGGUACGUCUGGGAGAUCAUCAUAGGCGCCUACGAUCACUUCCAGGCCGAAUCGACAAUGGUAGAAGUAACCCUGGAAGACGGUGUAACCUGUGACGUUAUUGGCGAUGUUCACGGCCAGUUUUACGAUAUGCUUCAUCUGUAUUCGAUGACGGGAGAACCGAGUGAGAAACACUACGUCCUCAUGAAUGGAGACCUUGUCGAUCGGGGAUCAUGGUCAAUAGAGGUUAUAUUAACAGCAUUUGCGUACAAGUGGUUAUACCCGAAAUACAUGUUCAUCAACAGAGGAAACCAUGAAGCAAAAGAGAUGAACCGCACGUAUGGGUUUGAAGGCGAGGCUAAACACAAACACGGCGAACAGUCGUAUAAGCUUUUCGCACAUGCGUUUACUGCCCUGCCCUUGGCAACGUUACUCAGUGCAAGUAAGCCGCCUGCGAAGAAGGAUGCCUCGAUCUUGACGGAUGACGGGAGAAAACGCUACUUUGUCGUGCAUGGGGGGCUGUUCAGUAAAGAUGAUGUUUCCCUAGAGGAUGUCAAAAAAAUCGACCGUAUCGGGCGACAGCCUGGUCAGGAAGGGUUAAUGUGCGAGCUUCUAUGGACUGACCCUCAAGUCAUGCCUGGCCGCGGGCCUAGUAAACGUGGUGUCGGUAUAGCAUUUGGUCCUGAUGUAACAAGAAGAUGGUGUCAGUUCAAUAAAGUCACGGGUAUUAUCCGUAGCCAUGAAGUACGCCAAGACGGAUACGAAAUUGAACAUGAGGGAUUAUGUACGACGGUUUUCUCUGCGCCAAAUUACGUGGAUCAGGCUGGCAACAAGGGGGCAUUUAUUCGGAUCGAUUCGUCGGGUGCUCAAAACUAUUUCCAGUUUGAUGCCAGUCCACAUCCUGCAAUGAAACCUAUGGCUUAUGUCCAAGGAGGUCUCGGGAGUCUGAUGAUGUAGUGGUUAGAGACGAUAAUAAUUGUGUCCAUCUUAUACCACGUUGAACCUUCGGCGCUUUCAAGCUGGAGGGAAGGAGAAUUUGGAUAACGACAAGAAAGCAAAAUAAAUUACAAAUGAAUACAGGAAAGGCGGUGUCUAUGCCCUUCUCUUCUUCGCUGGCCUCUUGGUACUCUUCGCUUCCUUCUUAUCUGAUCUGUGCACCUGGUCGAUCCCUCGUUUCUACAGCUUGAUGAGAAUUUGCAUUCAUCCAAG